GUCCCACAGCGGGAAGGGCGGCGUCGCCAGCGGCCAGCUGGGGCCUCGGAAGUUGCCAGUGGGCUGGGGAGCCCCCGGGCGGCUGCGGGUCCUCUUGCUGCUCGUCUUUUGGGUGAGCUUGUGCAAAGGAGCACCAAUGGCAUCUAAUGUUCUGCAAGGAGAACAAGAUUUGCAGUUGUGGAAUGAGAUAGAUGAUGUGUGUUCAGCUUACCUGGCCAGGGAUGUGCAGCCUCAGUCACCUAGUGCAUUGGAAGAGCUUUGCAUUAUGGUCCUGGGUCUUCUACAGAAAACUCAGGGGUUAGAUGAAAAAGAAAACACCAAAAGAUUCUUAUUUCAUUAUUCUAAGACCCAUGACACAGGCAACUCAGACUUUCUGUCGUCUGUCCUGCAUCCUUUGCUGCAACUUGUUCCUCAACUGCAUGAGAGGAGACCGAAGAGAUAUGAAGUGGACGAAGAACUUCGAAUACCUGGAGGCAUUCAAAGUAGAGGAUACUUUAUCUUCAGGCCACGCAAUGGGAGGAGAUCAACUGCAUUUCGUUAAAAAGGAUUCUUCAUUCUUUGACCUAAAAUUGUCAGGAUUGCAGACAACGCAGGCAUCCUGGCCUUUGUCAUGUGUACAAGUAUUUUUAUAUUUAUAUAUAUAUGCGCCAUCUGCUGUGUAAAUUUCUUAAAAUGAAAUACGUUGUAUUUUUUUUCUUGAAGCAUCUUAAAAAUAUGUUCCUUUAUGUUUUUAUGGUUGCAAUUAUGUGUAAUAAAACUGUAGACCAAGUAAUGUUGGUGUUCCAUAAUUGCAUGCAAAGGACAUUAUCCAUAGC